AUGUCUAUGGAGAAAUCAGUAUUGCGUCUUAAGCACAUCGUUAUUGGGGCGUUGGCAAUUUUUUGUGCUGUUGCAUUUGGCACUCUCCAGAGCUUGGAUGCUGUAAAGUUGUUUGUAUAUUUGCGUGCAAACGCCCAUCUUCGCCGGAUCCUGAGGUCGUGCUUGGUGGCAAAUGGCGUCCUUUUCUUCAGCCUAUGGGUUGCCUCCGUUUUCUUUUCCUACAUAUGGGAUUUUGGUGGAGGGAUCAUGCGGGGUGGUGGCGGCGGCGUUGGCAAGGCGGGCAGUGAGCAAGCAGCGGUGACGGCGGGGAAUGUGAUCAGUCUUGCGGGAAGAGUUUGGUUUUCUGUAUUCGAUGUGACGUGGGUUAUACCCGCCUAUGCUCUCACGCAGGCUUUCGGUAUGCGUUGGUACAGUUCUCUUUAUACUGAGGCCUACGCUGAGAAGAAACGUCGUGCGUCCCCGUUGGGGGCGCGGGGUGAGGCCGGGGAGUACGUCAAGGACGGCGAAAUAACUUCCACAGUUGCCCCGCAGGGCGCCGAUGGGGCUUUUUCGUUUCGUACCGUGGUAUUGUCUGCCAGCGAGGUUAUGUUUAAGGCACUUGUGAUGGCUGCGUAUGCCCUUCUCGCUGCGGUGGUGGAUGCGGUUAUUCCUUCCCCGGUUGGAAAUUACCUUGCCUUCGUGAUGAACAGCUGGCUGUACUCCCUCUACGUAUUCGACUAUCGUCUGUCCACGCAGUAUGUGGUGGACCGCAGGUCCCGACGUUACACUCGCGUGACUCUAAAGGAGACGCUGAUUUUUUUUGAAAAUCAUUGGGCCUAUUUUUUGGGGUUUGGUGCCACCCAAUCGAUCAUUACAGCCGCGCUACGGUCUUCAUGGCUGGCGUCCUCGUGGUUCUCCUCCGCGUCGGUAACAUCGGUCCUUUUUGGAGCGCACAUCGUGCUUUCUGUGGAGGCGAUGCCGUCUCCUCGCGCUCCCUUUCCUGUGCUGAUGUUCACACCAUUUUUUGCUCUGUGUGGUAUGCUGCUGAACGUCAUUGGGAAUGCCUUGCGUUAA